CAGCAGCACCGCGGGGGCAGUAUGGCCGGCGGUGGCGUAGUAGUGCGCCGCAAGUGACAGAUACACGAUCGUCCGCUUGACCGCCGCAUCCAUCUCCGGGGUGUCCGCGCGCGCCGCGCGAAACUCCGAGUGGUAGAAUGAUCGUUUCUAUCUGAGUGAACGAACGAGAGGGAGAAGAAAGAGCAAGAGAGUGCGUGAGAGAAAGUGAACGGAAGAAGGAGAGAGAGAGAGAAAGAGAGUAAGUGAGAGAGGUAAAGAUAGGGAGAGAGCGAACCCGUGCAGCAACCCGCCACUAUCCCCGGCACCGGUGUGAUGAUCAAGGAUAUGGCGGACGAUGAGGCCAUACAGGCCACCAACGACGACGCCAGCGAGUGCAAGCGUUACGCGGUGCAGCUCGGCUACUGGUGCGACCCGUUCAUCAGCCUGUUCGUCAAGCAGACCGCCCGGAAGGCGCCCGAGAUCAAUCGCGGAUAUUACGCCAGAGUCAAGGGCAUCGAGCUCUUCGUCGACAAAUUCCUCAAGUUGUCUGGCGGUAAGGGGCAGAUCAUAAACUUGGGUUGUGGUUUUGACACACUCUACUGGAGGCUCAGGGAGGCGGGGAAUAGCUCUGCGAACUUUGUAGAGCUCGACUUUCCCAGCAUAACUGCGAAGAAAUGUUAUCACAUCAAGAAACACAAGCAAUUAAUCGAUAUGCUAAACACCGAAGACGGAGAGAUCCGAUUUUCGACCACAGAGCUGCACGCCGCGAAUUAUCAUCUAGUCGGUACAGAUCUGCGACACAUAGCGGAGUUGAAUAAUAAGUUGACCCAAGCCGAAGUCAAUUUUAAUUUACCCACCAUGUUCCUCGCAGAAUGUGUUCUAGUGUAUGUAGAUGCUAGCGCGACCUCAUCGUUGUUGAAAUGGCUAGCGGGCAAGUUUUCCAAUAGCCUCUUCGUCAGCUACGAACAGGUGAACAUGAAGGACAAAUUUGGCCAAGUUAUGCUGUCAAAUCUCCGUAGUCGCGGAUGCUUAUUGGCAGGCGUGGAAGACUGCGAAUCGUUGGAGACUCAACAAAGGCGCUUUACCAUAAAUAAUUGGGAAGGCACGAGCGCAUGGACGAUGGUGGAGGUUUAUGAUUCACUGCCUGUAAUGGAUCGUAAUCGAAUCGAGCAUAUAGAGCUGUUGGACGAACGAGAACUCCUCAUUCAGCUACUUCAGCAUUAUUGUAUCGCCAUCGCUUGGAACGGACAAACAUUCAAAAAUCUGUCUAUAGCACAGGGUUAGAUCAUCAUCUAACUCUUCCUCUCUGUGUCUAUCUUGCGAGUUACUCCAGGUAAUGACAUCAUAUAAUCCCUAACUCGGCAAGUUCUUAUGAAUUACUUGUAAUACCCCAACUGACAGCAGGAGAUUAAUGAUUUUUAAAUUACGCUUAUAUUCUGAUUAUUCGAUAAGAUUCGAAUUGAAACUUUUAUCUUUUCCAUCUUUCAAACAGUUUGCUAUAAUAAUUUUUGUAUAUUCUUCGAGUAUAUUCCUUGUCCUCCACUAAAAGCGUCAUGAAUAUAAUAUUUUUUAAUGACUGCUGUAAAACGAGACUGCUUGUAAAGCGAUUCUCGAUGUUGCGUGAGAUAUGACUAGCUAAUACGCCAACAAUGACCGGAUAAAGUCGUUUUGAUGUCCUUUCGCAGAUUUCCAGUCAUCUUAAUUUACAUUCGACGUACCUUCGAAUUUUGUGUAUGAUGAAUAACGACCUUAUCUCUGCAAAAGAUCGAUCAUGUCUCGCUUCAGAUUUUUCUGAUAUGUAAAGGUACGGUCGAUAUUAUAUAAUUAAUGUAGAUUGCUGUUGUGUUAUAUAAUUGUGUGUGUGCGGCCAAAUAGCGCGUUAAUACUGCGCAGAGUAAUUUAUUAUAUUAUGAGAUAUACCAUCGCGAGGAGAUCAAUCAUUCAACGCUCAUUACAUUUUUCUGUCACUAUUUCGCUUAUUAUCCGACUAUAAUCUCAUUUUAAUAUGAAAGUUUUAGAUUUUGUUAGUUGCAAAGGAUAAUAUUAUAGAAGCUAAAUCUGUUUCUUUUAUCUGCACAGUUUUACAUAUUUCGCAUAAAAACGAUAAAUGUAUUCUUAUUGUGCAAGGAGAAAAAAUGUAAAGAAAAAGGAAAAUAUCUAGAAAGUAUAAUGAUUUUUUAUCUAGAUUCUAUAUUUUGAAUAUAUCUUUCAUUGCAAAUAUAAAACUGUAUUUUUCUGAAACAUUCGUACAUAAAACUCCAACCCUUUGAAAGUUUUAAUACACGAGAAUUCAAAGGAGAAGUGAUGUAACAUUAUUUCGUAUGCGCGAUACGAUCUUUGAGUAUAUUAAGUAUAUUAGAGAUUACGAAUCACAUUGAGUCGUGAGAAAUAAAUCGCGAUUAAUAUUACGAUAUAUAAACGUGUUAUGAGCGAUUAGUUUCGUACAGAUGCGUGGCCUGUGAAACGCGCGAUGUGAUUGAUUAUUUAAGAUAAUAAAAACAAAAGUGUGCACAACGAAAGUAAGAUUUUAAGCAAUCGAGCAAGUACUUAAUUACUCUUGCGAGUGGAUCGCAUCGCGAACAUCAGCCUUAAUUAAAAAAUCGGCAAUGUAUCUUUUUAAUUAUUUUCAUUUCUACACUCGUAGAUGUCGAAUUUUAUUUUCUGUAUUAAUUACCUUUAUUGCGAAUAUAAAAACUGCGUGCCGAUGUUCUUCGAUAAAAAUCCGACCAAUUGAUUUUAUGAUACGGAAAUCGCAUAUGCUGGCACAAUAUAGCUGCUCCGCUUCUUUUCUCAACACCAAUACCAAGUAUGUACGUUACAUUUAAGCAAGUCAUAGAACGAUAGUGUGAAGGAUCAAAGGUCACAAAGAUUUAUUUUCAUAUUGAGGAAUAUCAGGGUUACGCAUGUGUAUUCAAUCUAAGGAUAAUACGAGGAGAUAUUAUAAGCUCUUACGAGACACAUUCAAA